AAUGAGCCGCACCUUUUUCUAACGGAAUAGCGUGCUUGUUGCAAGGCUAUAGAAAUCCGGAUAGAAAUCCACUUAUUGCUGCUGAUAAUAAACCCAAGGCCGUAUAUAAUAAAUCGUUUAUUGAGUCUGGCUUGUCUCACGAAAUUGAAAUAGAAGUAACUACUGUUUGUCCAUUUGUUUUAGCCUUGGGUCCAACCAGCUCAAUUUUGAUUUGUUGUUGUACGCUUCGUGGGUAGUGUGAUCACUUAUCCACCGUUUGAUGCAUCUUUGGCUUGUGUUGAGUCAAGUCUAGCAUCCAUUAUGAGCUUUUUCUUCAGUGGAAGGUCAAACAAGACUUUCAAGCCAAAGAAGAACAUCCCUGAGGGCUCUCGGCAGCAUGAGUUGAUGAAGCACGCUGCGGCUACCCUCGGUUCGGGCAACCUGCGCCUGGCCGUUCAGCUGCCAGAGGGAGAAGACCUGAAUGAGUGGGUGGCAGUCAAUACUGUGGACUUUUUCAACCAGAUCAACAUGCUGUACGGCACAAUUGCUGAGUUCUGCACGGAGCAUACCUGUCCAGUGAUGUCAGCAGGUCCCAAGUACGAGUACCACUGGGCAGACGGUCAGACGGUGAAGAAGCCCAUCAGGUGCUCAGCGCCCAAGUACAUCGACUUUCUGAUGACCUGGGUUCAGGAGCAGCUGGACGAUGAGAGCGCCUUCCCCAGUACCAUCGGUGUCCCGUUCCCGAAGAAUUUCUCCCAGCUGGCCAAGACGAUUCUGAAGCGACUGUUUCGCGUGUAUGCACACAUCUACCACCAGCACUUUGGCGAGGUGGUGAAAUUGCGGGAGGAGGCCCACCUCAACACCAGCUUCAAACACUUCAUAUUCUUUGUCCAGGAGUUCAGCUUGGUGGACCGGCGGGAGCAGGCUCCUCUACAGGAGCUCAUUGACCGACUCCUGGAGCGAGAGGCGGCCCAGAAUGGAGCCGGAGGGGCGUCAGGGAGGUCGGUGCGGCCCACUGGCGGAGCGGCGGCCGCCUCAGCCUACUGAGCACAGUGAGAGCGCCGGACGUAAGUCGAGAGGAAGGAUGGAGAGGAGAAGAGAGAAGAAUGUGAAGACAGUUGAAGAGGAGAGGCGUGGAAUGGAAGAGACCGGUCAGAACAUUCUACGGAAGAGGUGGGCGGAGGGUUAUUGAGAGGAUGGGAUCGUUGGUUGGGUCCACUGAAUUGUCCCAGAGGCUAUUCCUGCAAUUGAACGGUAUUACGGGAUAGUGAGAAGACAGAGAAAAGCGAGGAUUAGGAUAGUUGAGUAGUAUUUCAGGCGAGCUUAGCCACGGUCACGUGCAAAGUGUACUGAAGCACUUAGGUGUGUCCCGCUUUUUAUUAUCAUUUUUUAGGCGGUGGCUCGAGCUUGCCAUUAGUGCAUGCGAUUGGUCUAACUUUAGUUGCCUCAUAGGCCUGUGCAGAUUCAAUUGCUGAGUUGUACGCAACUGUACGAUUGAUCACUGAACUUGAUUUUGUCCCGAACAAGAAAGCCUGCAUUGUAUCUUGCCAUGAUGGUGAGUUUUAGCGUUGCAUUAAUUUUAAAUUUGCAUUCCCUCCACCAAUAUUCGCGGUGGAAAUAAUACGACCUAUCAUUAAUCAGCAUAAUUACAAUUCACUAGUCAAUGCAUAAGAACCAUUUUCACAGGGCGAUGCCGUCAUAUUCCAAAAUGUUGAUAGGUGGUCUGAGCUUAUUGGAUCUCAACAAUGCCAUUUUGAAUUACAACCUUAAAAUGGUGUUACAUAUUUGAGGCAAUGCAAGCCUCCAUUCCCAUAAUAUGCCCAUCAUGAAUAAUGAUCCCUUGAAUUUUUAUUGUUGACAAUUUGUGUCACGAAUGCUUUCAGUCCCACUGAAAUUCACUCAUAGUAUGGUGUUAUGUUUGCUUAUGUUUAGUAAAAUGGUGAAACGCAUGCUUCACUUAUCCGACUGAAAAGAUGUAUGCGGUAAAACAUAUCUUUUCCUGUUUUCUGGAGAUGCAUUAUUGCAUAAGACUAUUUUUCAGUUAAAACCAGCUGCCUUAUGUACUUUGUUGUCCUUUGAAACAAAGAAAUCGCAAGUGUCCUUACUUUGCUUUAGCUUUACUUAUGCUUGCAUGAUUCCUCCGUAUAAUUCAGGAGUGCGUGUCACGCUACUGCUAUGCUAAGCGAAGACAUUUAGGUGUCACAUCGUUUUUAAUUGGGAUCAAAUGUAGCUGUGUGUGCUUUUAGAGCACCGAACUGCGCACAGUUGAUUUUGUUUGACUGGUAGACGGCAGUCUUGCCCUGUCGUGAAAAGACUUUUAUUAACUUGAACUGUAUUAAGCGCAUUCAUCCUACGAGUUUGUCCAUUGUUUUGUAAAAUUCUUUUACAUCCUGCCUGCAUAUACCCCUUGAAGUGCUAUGAAUUUCUUAGAUUGAGCUUUGAUUGAUAAGAUUGAGAACAUAUUUCGAUUAGUGAAGUGCUGAGUAGUUGGGCUUUGUUUUGCCAGCAUUUGCCAUAGUCGCCUAUGUUACAAUAUGCUAUGAGCUUCCAUGAGCUUAGUCCAAGUGCAAUGCUGUGCAUUUUACGAUUAAAAUACGCUAGAUAUCGUUUAAGACAUAUUUCGAUGUCAAUUAUGCUUUUUAUGGUUAUAAAGUCGUGUUUAAGCAAUGCCUAUAUUUGAAGCAUCUCAUUAGACAGUAACCGAACAACAUGCUCAUUUUUAAGCCAUUUUCAUGUUUUACACCAAGAACUAAGAAGUGUUUUCGAUAUUGUUUAAUCUGUUCCCAAUUAGGUGAUGAAACGCUGUAGUAUUUUGCACCCUAAGCAACGCAGUAAUAAUGCGUUUUUCUAAGAGAGACGCCCCUUCUAUAAUGCUCAUUUUUGCAUCUGAGUAGUUCGUGAUCAUUUCGAUAGGCUGAGACCAAUAUCAUGCGUCGGCCCAACGUCGGCCUCUUGUGGGUAAUUCAGUCAUAAUUUAUUAAAGUGGUGAUUUUGAUACAAGGUGAUGCGCGAGAAAUUGAAGCAUUUUGUACGUUUUGUACUUUUGUACCAUUUUGAAGAUAAUAUAUCACGCUUGUCUC